CAGGGGCGGACUGGUAACUCAUGGGGCCCCCGGGCAAUAGGGGAUCAUGGGGCCCCUGUGUCCUUGCCCACACUGAAAAAAGCCUAUAAAAAAGGUACCAGGGGCAUCUCAUGGGGCCCCCUACUGACCCCGGGCCCUUGGGCAGUGCCCGAGUUUCCAAAUGGUCAGUCCGCCCCUGCUACCUACAUUGUCUCUAUGUGCAGGGAAAACCAAUUCUGGAUCUCAGCCAAAAGUCUGUAUUCUGACCACCGGAGUCCUUCUUUAAGCUGAUCCUGUUCAUACUGUACCUCUGUGUAAAUAUUUAAUUUUAUUUUAUUUAUUUCAG